CUGGAGGUCGAUGACGCCGACGGAGGGCAUGACAGCGAGGAGCCCGGGGCUGGGAUCGAGGACGCCGAGCCCGCACAGGCAGACACUGCCGAGGGCGCAAGCCAGGAGGUGGCGGAGGGAUCGCGGUCAGGUCGGCGGGAGUCGCGCGGGAGCGACGCCAACCGUCAAGAAGUGCACGACGCGGAGAGGUCGCGUCAGCAAGAGCGGCAGGAACGGGACGUGGGCGCUGACGCUGCGGGGAUGCAGGGAGAGCGCGGAAGGGGCAAGGUGGAGCGCUUGCGCGUGGCAGAGGAGGAACCGCGAAGUUGGGAGCGAGCGCCUGUCAUCUCUCGCUCUCUCGACAAGCGGCAGACACGCGAGGUCUGGGUCGGAGACGGCACGCGUUCGCCGGAGCGGCAGCUGGUGUGCAAGGGAGGAUGGGAGGGUGAGCCAAGCGUACCCAACGGAUACUGGCGGCAGGAAGAGAGGCGCAAGGAGGGGCCCAGUUCACCAGGGAGGCAUGGCCAGCGGCAAGGGGAACGCGGCGGGGAGGCGCGGUCGUCAGGCCCACCAGAGCAGUGGGAGAGGAGGAUGGGCGGCGGAUUCCGCUCGCCGCACGCUAGGCAGCAGCAGAGCGGAGAAGGCGGCAGGGACCGGCGCUCGCCUGAGGGCCGUCGGCAUCAGAGGAGGGAAGAAGCAUGGUCACCGUCGCCUGAAAGGCAGAGACAAAGAGUGGAGGGGUCCGAGAGAAAGGCGCGGCGAAUCGAGCUGGAGUCAGCAGGAGAGCAGAACGGGAAGGGGGAGCCUGGCAUAUGGCGCUGA